AAAGGCUGGAGGCUGCUUCCUCUCUAUUUGGCUGGAGGAAGGGAAGCGCAGAGAAAAGAGAGACACAAAUACAUACAACUUUUUUCUGCACUCCCCCCUCCUCCUCCCCCCUGUUUCUUUCCUUUCUUUUUUUGCAGUUCUUUCCUGCUUUGCAUGUCAGGCUUCCUGCAUUUGUCCCAGCAGGCAGGCAAAAGCGCACCAACCAUGGACAAGGGCUGAGCCCAGAGGACCGUUAGCUUGGCAAAGGAGGAAAGAGAGAAGGAAAAAAAGAAAGAGAAAAAAGAAAAGAGCCAAGGACUGAAGCCUGGUGGAAAGUCUCCUUUGCAUUCUUUUUCUCUGAGCCUGCUCCUUCCCCUCCUUUGGGCAUUUUUUUGCUUUUGCAGCUGCAGGGCUGCUCCUGCCAAGGCUGUGCGCUCUUGGCACCGGUUGCGCGUGCCAAAAGGGAACCCAGCGGUGCACAGACCAUGGCCAGCGACUGCAGCGCCCGGAGCCUGGAUAGCCUGGACCUCAGCACCCUCAGGGAUCCAGCAGGGAUAUUUGAACUAGUACAAGUUGUUGGAAAUGGAACAUAUGGACAAGUAUAUAAGGGUCGCCAUGUGAAGACUGGGCAGCUAGCAGCAAUCAAAGUUAUGAAUGUGACUGAGGAUGAGGAAGAAGAAAUCAAACUGGAAAUAAAUAUGUUGAAGAAAUAUUCCCAUCAUAGGAAUAUUGCAACAUAUUAUGGUGCAUUUGUAAAGAAAAGUCCUGCAGGCCAGGAUGAUCAGCUGUGGUUGGUAAUGGAAUAUUGUGGAGCUGGAUCUGUAACAGACUUGGUGAAGAAGACAAAAGGGAACUGUUUCAAGGAAGACUGGAUUGCAUAUAUUUGCAGAGAGGUUCUCAGGGGCUUAGCACACCUGCAUCUUCAUCAUGUUAUCCACCGAGAUAUUAAAGGGCAGAAUGUUCUCCUAACAGAAAAUGCUGAAGUGAAGUUAGUGGAUUUUGGAGUGAGCGCACAGCUAGACAGGACGAUUGGAAGGAGGAAUACAUUCAUUGGGACCCCAUACUGGAUGGCACCUGAGGUCAUCGCUUGUGAUGAAAACCCAGAAUCUACGUAUGACUACAGAAGUGACUUGUGGUCGCUGGGCAUCACAGCUAUAGAGAUGGCUGAAGGAGCUCCCCCUUUGUGUGACAUGCAUCCCAUGAGGGCUCUGUUUCUCAUUCCACGAAAUCCUCCCCCAAAACUGAAAUCCAGAAAAUGGUCAAAGAAAUUUCUUAACUUUGUUGACAGUUGCUUGGUUAAGAAUUACAUGCAUCGCCCAGCUACAGAAACCCUACUCAAACAUUCCUUCAUCAGGGACAUGCAGAAUGAACGGCAAGUACGCAUCUUGCUGAAGGACCAUCUUGACAGGACGAGGAAGAAGAAGGGAGACAAAGAUGAAACUGAGUAUGAAUACAGUGGAAGUGAGGAAGAAGGUGAUGAGCUGAAUGAAGAUGAAGGAGAACCAAGCUCCAUUGUUAAUCUCCCUGGCGAAUCCACCCUCCGGCGUGAAUUCCUGCGGCUUCAGCAGGAGAACAAAAGUCGUUCUGAUCCUCAGUGCCAGCAGCAGAUCCAGCAACAGCAGCUGAAAGACCAGGAGAAGUACAAAAAGCAGCUCUCCGAAGAGAGGCAGAAAAGAAUUGUGGAACAAAAGCUGCAGAGGAAAAAGUUGGAGGAUCACCAGAAGAGGGAAGAGCUACGGAAGCAUCUGGACCUUGAAAGGAGACGUCCGGAGAUCAAGGCUGCUCUAAGCAAAAGUGAAAAGGAUAAAGACAGCAGGAGGAAUAAUGAAGAUAUGCAAUGCAAAGUGGAUGGAGUCAAGAAAUCGGACAACCAGCAGAAAAAAGCUGAAGAAUCACUUCAUGGUAAGAAGCUUCAUCGGACUCUUCCCAAAGAUCAAACACAACUGCUUUCUCUCCAACAUGAUCACAAGCAAAAAGCUAAAGAUCCUCCCAAGAUCCUCAACCCUCCCGCACGUCAUCCAUCAAACUGUACAAGCAAAGAGACAGAGAACAAGUGUAAGAAGAGUGACCAUCUACAAACUGAUCUCAACUGGGCAGCUGUUCUUGGACAUGAACAUGCCACCUCUCAUGGUAGACUAGGUUCUGGCAGUAGCUCUAGUCCAUGUACCCCAGCUUUGCAAAGAGCGGUGAUGUCUCAGAAUGAAAGCCUACGGACCAGUCGUGAUCUGUAUCAUAGCAGUUCAUUGUCCGAUGUAGCUGUGACAUCAACAAGCCCCAGUCAGGAUGACGUCUUCUGGAAUAUAUGUCAGCCUGAAGAACAGCCUCCUAAGGUUCCUCAAAGAACAACAUCAAAAUUCUACAACAGGGAUCAUCUGGGUCAUCAGAGUUACCCUUCAAGCACACCUCAGCUGUCCCUAGGGGAAUAUGCAGCAAAACCUAACAGCAGGAGCUCCAGUGGCAACAGGCAAAGGGAUUUGGUGUUUCAUCAAAACAACCGAUUGACUUCAGGAUCAUCCAGACUACACAGCCACCAUCAAUCCUAUAAGAAACCAGAAAAUGCAUCACAUCCAUGCCAUAUUUCAAGUCCACCCUUCUUGGUCAAGGGGAAAGACAGCAACUUGCUCCGGAAAUCAUUAGAAUAUUCAUCCUCCAGUGAUGAAGUGUGCAGCAGUGAUGAUGAUGACAACAACAACCUCAAUGAUGGCAGUUGUGGCAUCAGGCAACCGCUCAGCAAUGGAGUGACAGGUUUCUCAAGGGCCAAAGCUCCAGAUGGGAUUGAACUGAAACCUCAGAGUGCAGGAAUGGAUCACAAGGAUCAUGUUGCAGGAAAACUCAGCUGUAGUACUCAUGAAGGAUUUUGGAGCAUGAGCAACCAAAAUUAUCUUCUCCCAGACCUUUUGCAGCAGAGCCAGAUUUCAGACUGUUCAGCAAACCAGCUAAAAGAUGCUGAGAACAGUCCAGAAUCCCAGAGCAAGCAUGUUUCUAAUAAGGCACCAAGCACUGACAAUACCUCUUCAAAAGGUAGCUCCUCAUCUACAGCAUCAUUUACUUCAUUCAUUGACCCCCGGCUUCUACAAAUAUCACCUCCAUCCAGUCCAACAGGACCAAACUGUGGUUCCCCAUCCAAUGUGAAACCCGAGCCCACCAGUAGACAGAAUGCAAGAAAAGGUUCUGUUGUCAAUGUGAAUCCCACUAACAUCCGGCCUCAGAGCGACAGCCCAGAAAUUCGCAAAUAUAAAAAGAAGUUCAAUUCAGAAAUCUUGUGUUCUGCAUUGUGGGGGGUGAAUUUACUUGUGGGGACAGAGAAUGGACUGUGGCUUCUGGACAGAAGUGGGCAAGGAAGAGUCUACUCACUGAUAACCAGGAGGCGGUUUCAGCAGAUGGAUGUGCUUGAAGGACUCAAUGUGUUAAUUACCAUCUCAGGCAAGAAGAAUAAGCUACGGGUAUACUAUUUAUCUUGGUUACGAAACAAGAUCUUGCGAAACGAUCCUGAUGUAGAGAAGCGACAAGGCUGGGUAUCUGUGGGUGACCUGGAAGGCUGUGUGCACUACAAAGUCGUGAAAUACGAGAGGAUCAAAUUUCUUGUGAUUGCUGUGAAAAACUCGGUUGAGGUUUAUGCCUGGGCUCCGAAACCAUAUCACAAAUUCAUGGCCUUUAAGUCUUUCACCUCACUUCAUCAAAAACCGCUGUUGGUGGACUUGACAGUUGAGAAUGGGCAGAGGUUAAAAGUCAUCUAUGGUUCACCAGUCGGGUUCCAUGCUAUCGAUGUGGACUCUGGCUCCGUGUAUGACCUCUACCUGCCAACACAUAUCCAGGGAAAUAUUCAUCCUCAUGCUAUUAUCAUCCUCCCAAACACCAGUGGAAUGGAACUUCUGCUCACCUAUGAAGAUGAAGGGGUCUACGUUGACAUUUGUGGGCACUUCUCGAAGGAAAAUGUUUUACAGUGGGGAGAAAUGCCAGCUUCUGUAGCUUACCUUCAGUCCAAUCAAGUCAUGGGCUGGGGAGAGAAAGCGAUUGAAUUGCGGGCGGUGGAGACGGGAAACCUGGAAGGAGUCUUUAUGCACAAGAAAGCACAGAAGCUGAAAUUUCUGUGUGAAAGGAAUGAUAAGGUAUUUUUUGCAUCUGUUCAGUCUGGAGGCAGCAGCCAAAUUUACUUUAUGACACUGGGCCAGAAUGUACUAUUCAACUGGUAAAUCAUAUCAGGAAGAAGUAUAUUUUGAUUUUUUCCCCACUGGAUGUGCGCUGUUUUAAAAUGCAAGCUGGUUGCUGAAGCUUGCACAUUUUCCCAAGGAGAAAGGGAAAAAAUAUUAUCAUUAGACUAUCCUUCAAUUGUGGGGAAAUUCAAUUUUCCUUUCUAACUAUUGCAACUAUAUAUUUGGCUGUUUUAUAAUUACUGUUAUUAACUUUUUUAAAAGUUAAAGGCAAAUAUGCCAUUUGAACAACAUGCAGCUGUAUGACAAUUGUAUUGAGGUUAGGAAAUUCCCCUGUCUAUAAAACAUGCCCAGGUAUAUAUUUUUGCACAAAUAUUGUGAUGUUGUUUCGUUAAGUGCCCAUGUUUUUUACUUUGGGGAAAAUUAUGUACAGAUAGGCUUAUUUGGUGCAUAUGCAUCUCGCCAAAAGCUAGACAUUUACUAAAUUAGUUUUGUGUGGUUUUGCUGUUCUUACUUAAGCAGCUGUAUUCUUCUUCAUCUCAGAGCUAAGAAGAAAUGUUUCCUUAUUUUUUUUAGAGAGAAAAAAGCCUUGUGAAGCUUUUUCUUUCUUUCAAGGAGGGCAUCUUCUGGAAAACUGCAGCUGUUUGCACCCUCAGCUGUUUUGGGUUGGCUGCAUCUCCCCAGGGCCACUCCGUCUGAAUUUUUAUAAGGCUGUAUAAUGAUACCUGGACAAUGUUCUGCCAUGUAUAUUGCUGUAGAAUGUACAUCUAAGGAUAUUUUAAAUAGCAAUAAAUCAUUCAUAGACAUGGAUUUCAGGGUGGAGGGGACGGAUCCUGCAACCUUAACUUGCACAGUAGCCUUUAAUAAUCCAAUGAGCUGGCUCAUCCAAGAUAGGAUCCAAGCUCUUUGUAAGUUUUGUGUGUGUGUCUUUCAUUUCAUUUCAUUUGUUUGAAUCUCGUCUAUCUCCUAACUUCAGCCGAAAACAUCUUUAAAUGUAUAGGCCUGUAAAUAUGUUCUCUUACCACCUUGAAUAAAUUCAUAUUUAAAUACAUCCAUGGAAACAACCCAAAGAAACCAAGGGGAAUAAUUAACAGGGAUUUCUCAUUAUAAUGUGCUCUUUCAGUUUAAUGGGAAACACAGGAGAAUUUGUCAAUGGGUUAAGCCAAAUAACCUUUUUAAAACACACGACUCCUUUUAGGCAUUUUAUAUUGCAUCUGGGGAAUAGAGAUCAUCCAGUAGCACGCUGGUGUUUUUUUCCCCCACAGUGAAAUUAUAUUCUCAUGGUUUACAAUUUUGAGUUACUCUAGAGCUGAACUUUCAAGUUUACAUGUACAAUCACGACGUCACUAAAUGUCUGUACAACUCUUCAGAAAAUGUAAAGCACUAUGGAAAGUAAUACAUAUUACAAUUAUAGUAUAAUGGAAAACGUGAUACAAAUUAUUUUUAUUAAAGAGAAACAUGCCGUAAUCUAUAUUUGGGAGUUAGGGGAUAAGGGGGUGAUAUUAAAUACAGUAUUUAAAAUAUAAUAUCAGCUUUUUUAAUGUGACACUUAUCUGACCAAAAGCUGCAAGGGAAUAUCCAUAAAGACUUGCUGAGUUACAAUUUUUGGGGGGAAACAGCAUAAUUCAGUGGCAGAGCACACAAUAAAUGUGUAGAACCCCAUUCCAGAAAAUGCCAUCUGAAAGGAUUUUGGAGAGCAGGGCUCUUCUCUAACUGAGAUGAUCUUCCUGAGACCAUCGAAAGUUGCCACUGUUCAAAUAUUGAGUCUGUUGGACAAAUAGUCUGAUGGUAUAUGAUCUCCCUGAUGAAAUCAUCUUCUUAAACUGAUACCUCUUCUUUCUUCCAGCAGAUUUUACAAGGUAGCAUGGAAUGCACAAUCUCUACUAAAGACUAUAUAUAUAUAUAUAUAGAGAGAGAGAGAGAGGAUCAGUUGUUUUCAUGUUUCACAUUCCAUUUGUCCAGCAAACUCAAUUUGAUUAAGGAUAGCCAAUUAAAAGGCCUUUGGUGGAAUAAGAAUGAUGUUUGAACCUAAUGACUUUCCUGUUCUGUCCCUCUUUCUUAAAUGGUCUCAGCUGCUGCUACUGGACACAGUACUGACAAGAUGUCACACAUCUAAAUAACGUAAAGUUGCACAUACAAGAAGUUUGGAAGUUGUUGAUUGCCUUGUUAGUAUUAGAUAAAAAAUAACCAUUAGAUAUUAGCAGUGUUUGCUAAGAGGACAGAUAAGUUGGCACUUUGAUUUGUUGCAGGGUCUCAUUUUUUUGCUACUGAGCGUAGUUUCAGAUUGGGUAGCUGCUGUAAGGUGUCAUGAGUCUUCCAUCUUUUUAUUUUCUCAUCACUUCCAAGGACACAAUAUAGAUCACUUAGCAUUUGGGUGCAGUAUCUUUAAUUUGUACAUAAAUAAGAAAGGGAAUGCAGUUGUAUUUCGAAGACGGUGUGUUCCACAGAGGUUGGUCUUGGGAUGAUUCUGGCUUUUGCAAUUUGAAGUUGGUUGUUGAGAUUCAAAUUGGGCUUACUUAAGAACAUCCAGAUGUUUGUCAGGAUCACUUGGAUGCAGUGAAUUGGUACCUUUAUAAUUCAUUGCACGACUGUAGAUUUUGGAUGUCACAAUGGGCUGGCAAUGGUUGCUGGUGGCACAGACGUAGUGGUCAGUUGUUUUCCAUCUUACGGGGUUUUCAAACAAUCUUUCUGUAAAAUCAUUAUGGUAUCCAAAAUAUGGCUGUGUUACUUAGAAAAGAUAACACUGGAAUUGUAGGGGGAAAGAUAAAGAGACCUUGGUGAAAUGGACGAGAUAUUCCUCAACAUAGCUCCAAAUCAAGAAAAUACCAUUGAUGUACCAGAAGAAUUAAAUGGUCAAUAUUCAGAAUAUUCAAGAUCAGAGAUGAAUUAAUUUGACAUACUUGAUGCACUGGAACAGGUAGACUUCAUGGAUUUGAGCUCUUUCUCCUUGUCCUAGAUCAGUUCAUACUAAUGGCUGAAGCAGGGAGUCACAGGAAUAGAAGGGAAACUAAUUUCCUUAUAUGUGAAAACCUUAUGACCAAGAGCUGUGACAUCGUCCUAUGGACCUCUGAAGCGAGGUCUGUAAUGCAUGCCAGAUAAAAACGUACAAAGAUUUCUAGUCAUCUUAUGAUACUAACUGGACCCGUCAUUAAUGACAGCAAUCCAGUUCUCAAAUAAACACAAAGGUUUUUUUUGUUUAGUUAAUCCUAAUUGCAAUUGUCAGAAAAUGUGGGAUUAAGAAGAGCGAUCAAGAGCAAUAAGAGGAGACUGACAUGUUCAGAGGAAUAGCAAGGGAAAUGAAAUGUCGCUGAAGAGGAAGAAAUAGAAAAGCAAACGGUAGUAGAUGGAAGAAAAGGAAAACUGGAGAUGGGAAGUUGAAGGCUUUCAUGGCCAGCAUCCAUAGUUAUUUUAUGGGUUUUUCAGGCUAUGUGGCCA